UGACGAGUCGAGCUCGAUUGCCUGUGAAAACUUCUCGCUGUGACGUUGUUAGCAGAUUGGUUUGCGACCAGUGCAGCUGCGGGGAGCUCACAUGGACUCUGCGAACUUCUUCUCCGCGAAGAGCUUGUUCCCCUCGGCUUUUAGUGCGUCAGCCAUGGUGGUGGAUGUGUGGAGUGUUGUGUGCGAGUUUGCUUCGACUGGAGAUUGUCGUCGCGUAGGCUGCAGGCGUCUUGUGCACUUUGUAUGUGCUUGUGAAGAAAGUUCCAGAAGCGUGGAGUCGACUUCACUGCGGGACCGUGCGCGUCAUCCCACCAUGACCUCGAUCUGAGCUCACCAACGACCUUAACACACAAUUUAAGGCAGGCAUAUUCUAUUUUAGGCCAGGU